GAUGCGAGCCGGUGAUGUCAGAUGUCAUUAGCAUAUUUCUGACUAUAUCUGAUGCUUGCGCAAAGACGCGCACACUACUGCUGCUGCGACGCGCUGACCAAGAGCCCACCCGGACCAUCAGCCACCACUUCGACUACCUGCAACAAUGAGUGACAAGCCCGACAUUUCAGAAGUGAGCACCUUCGACAAGUCCAAGUUGAAGAAGACUGAGACCCAAGAGAAGAAUCCCCUGCCUACACAAGAAGCCAUCGAACAGGAGAAGGCCGACAAUGCGUGAAGCCCCUCCCCCCCGUCAUGCACUGUACACCCCCUCCUCCUCCUCCUCCUCCCGCAUUGCCUUGUUUUCAGCCACUUCUUCUAGAUGUAUAACUUUGUAACCGAAAGUAUGAAACGACAACAAUAACCAAGCUGCACAGCCUGUGGACCGGGUGACGCUUUCGACCAGGGGGGGGGGGGCCGGGCCUCGUCCCCUUCAAUGGAUUCCAAACCGUGAACCGCCUUCACGCAGGUCUUCCUAAAGGAUGGGGAGGAUUUGUGCGAGGCCGAGGGGGGGAACUGCGGAAGGUGUGUCGACACCACCUCCACAAGGGGACGGGGCGUGGCCCCCGCAUCCCAGGAAGCUCACCUGCGUCUCUCACACACACACACACACACACCACCAACACCCAACUUCCUGUGCGGCUGCUUUUGCGCCCGAGCCGAGGCGUCAAGCUUCUUUUUUUGUUGUUGUUAUUGUUUCUUCGUCUUCUAAUUUUCGGGAAAAUGCACAACUUUUUGUUUGUACGCUGGCCAAAAUGUAAAUGCCCCCCCCCCCCUUUCCCCCCAAAAAAUUAGAUACUGUUGUCUGUCACAAUGUUUAUUUUUUAUUUUUUUGUACGUUCACGAGGAUAAAAAAACAACCGGAUUCCAUCUAGAUCUGGGAGGCGCUCAAAUGGGACCUCGUUUACGGUUUAAUUGUAACGCCCCUUCAGGAAUCAGGAUGGCUUCUGUGUCGUCUCCCGAGGAGGAACUGGGAAAGCAAAAAUAUUCCGGCAAUUGAUUCCAUUUGUUUGCUUUCAACAGUAGAAUUCAGUCAUGUUACUCUGCCACAAACCAGAAAUGGGUGAAAACCGUGAAAUGUUGUAAUAAAAAAUAAUUUGUUACUAAAGAA